UCAAACACUUUCUCUCAUUCAAACACUUUCUCUCAUUCAAACACUUUCUCUCAUUCUCCCAAUUAAGACAUAUCAUCGUUUCUCCAACCAUCCUUAGACCAACAAUCUGCUUACUCUCUACUGCCCCUGAUGUCUGAAAUCCACAAACCCGCAACAUCCGAUGGCUGGCAUGGCGUCAUCCCCAGCACCCAAUUCCCCGCCGAACAAGGCCGCUAUCACCUCUACAUAGGACUCUUCUGUCCCUUCGCCCACCGCGUAAAUUUCAUCCGCCAUCUCAAAGGACUAACCGAAUUCAUCGAUAUCAGUAUUGUAAAGCCAUACCCCAAGGGUGACGAGAAAGGCUGGCCAGGAUGGUGUUUCCCCAGUUCCGAUGAUGAGUACCCCGGCGCGACAGUCGAUCACCUCUUUGGAGAAGAUUUUCUGCAUAAGAUCUAUUUCCGGGCAGAUCCGGAGUAUAAGGGUCGGUAUUCGGUUCCGUUAUUGUGGGAUAAGAAGAGUGCGACCGUUGUUUGUAAUGAAAGUGCUGAGUUACUUCGCUGGCUUCCUACGGCUUUCAAUGAGCUGUUGCCUCCAUCGCUUGCAGAGAUUGAUCUUUAUCCCGUCGAUCUUCGUGCUAAGAUUGAUGCGAUUAGCCCGUGGAUGCAGUCAGACCUCAACAUUGGCGUCUACAAAGCGGGCUUUGCACCAUCACAAGAGGUCUACGAUAAGAACAUCAUCCCUGUGUUUGGAGCAUUGAACAAACUCGAGCACAUCAUAGCUCAACACGGUGGACCCUUUGUGCUAGGCCCAACGAUGACAGAACUCGAUAUUCGAUUGUAUGCGACCUUGAUCCGCUUUGACACUGUCUAUGUGCAGCAUUUCAAGUGUAACUUGGGGACUAUUCGACAUGAUUAUCCUGUCCUUAAUAAUUGGAUAAAGGGGAUGUAUUGGGAUGUCGAAGCAGCGAGAGCGUCGACGAAUUUCAAACAUAUCAAAGAGAACUACACGAAGAGUCACUAUGAUAUUAAUCCCAAGGCUAUCACUCCAAUGGGGCCUUUCCCUGAUGUAGAGGAAGGGGUCCAGAGAGAUUGGAGUAAGUUGGUGGUUGGAGGUGUGAAGCAUCCUGCGGUGUUGGAACACGAAUCUACGCUUCCUGGCGUGUAGUGAAAAGUGAUAGUCAAGUCGAAAGCUCCAUGACCUCUCAUGCCAAGUAAAAUCCGAAUCUUGAAACUUGACCCAUAGUUUCAAACAACAUGGCUUAUCGGCGCACAUAUUGGAAUGUAUCUUUCUACUAGGCGUGUGCAAUAAAAAGGGCAGUCAGGCUGGCAUGCCAAGAAACGAGCUCUCUUCAAAUGAAAGGUUUCAGAAGUAUGUGUCACUUUUUAAAGAUAGAGAGUAGUCAAAUGUGAUAUGGAAUAAGCAAAUGAAAAUA